UUAUGUGGGAGGGAAACAACACAAGUCCAAAUAUAAGGGGGCGGAGCUUACGGGGGAGGGAAACUACACAAGUAAAAAAUAUAAGAGGCGGAGCUUAUAGGGAGGGAAAUACAAGGGGGCUGAGCUUAUGGGGGAGGGAAACUACACUAGUACCAAAUACAAGGGGGCGGAGCUUAUGUGGGAGGGAAACAACACAAAUAAUAAUUUAUGUCAACGACAAUUUUGAACAAGUAGUUGAUUUCCCUCGAUUUUACUUAUACCCACACGAAUGGAACAGAAUGCAUUUUAUUGCAAGGUUCAUUGAAUUGCUUGAACACCCAAAGUUUUAUUAA